CCGAGCCAGAAAGAGGGAUGGUAAAAUACAGUGUUUUUCUUAGGACUGCAAGGAGUGUGAGGAAAUCUGCUCUGCACGAACACACCUCUGCCAGUCUCCUCUCCAGAGGUCCGUCAUGUAUGUGCUCUUCACCGUGUUGGCCAGCUUGCUCUUCCUCCCUGUUCUCGCGCAGCACUUCUUCCCUUACCUCAUACCCGAUGCCCUCUACAUUGUCCGGAUCAUUGGCAAUGCAGUCAAGAUGUCAAGAUACCAAAGGAAGAAGCCCUUCUACACUCUUCUGGAAUACUUUCUUGACCAGGUGAAGAAAAAGCCCGACAAACCUUUCAUCGUCUUUGAGGGUCGAACCUACACCUACCUGGACGCGGACAGGGAGAGCAACAGGGUGGCCAGAGCGCUGCAGGCACGUGCGCGUCUCGAGGAGGGCGACACGGUGGCCCUGUUCAUGGGAAACGAACCCAGCUACGUGUUCAUGUGGCUGGCCCUGGGGAAGCUGGGCUGCACCGCUGCUUUGCUCAACUACAACAUCAGAUCCAAGUCCUUGAUGCACUGCUUCUCCUGCUGCGAUGCGCGCGCGCUCGUGCUGAGCCAAGAGCUGAAAGACGCAGUGAAGGAAAUUCUCCCAGCUUUGAGAGAGCAGAAUGUCAAAGUUCUCGUUCUCGCUGAGCAAAGUGACACUGAGGGCAUUGAGAGUUUUCAGGACAAGAUCAACCAGGCUUCAGAUGAUCCGCUGUCCACUGCCUUGAGGUCAAAUAUCACAGCAAAAAGUGCUGCGGUGUACAUCUACACCUCAGGGACAACAGGUCUCCCGAAAGCUGCCAUGAUCUCACAGGAGCGAGUUUGGGUGGCUUCGGUCAUCCUGUCCAAUGCCGGAGUGACCUCUCAGGAUGUAAUCUACGUGAAUCUCCCGCUCUACCACGCUUCGGGAUUAUUCAUCGGUGUGACAUGCGCCAUUGAAAGGGGAAUAACGAUUGUUCUGCGGCGCAAGUUCUCAGCCUCACAGUUCUGGGAUGACUGCCGGCGACACAAUGUUACAGUGAUCCAGUACAUUGGUGAAAUAAUGCGCUACCUCUGCAACACACCAAAGAAAGAUAAUGACCGGGACCACAAAGUGAGACUUGCCGUUGGCAAUGGCAUCAGAGCUGAUGUUUGGAAAGAGUUUCUUCAUCGAUUUGGCGAUAUCAAAAUCAGGGAACUGUACGCUGCCACAGAGGGUAACAUUGGAUUCAUGAACAUGAGUGGGAAACCUGGCUCAGUAGGACGCAUGAUAUACCUCCAUAAGAAACUGUUCCCCUACGCACUUAUUAAAUAUGAUGCAGAGAAGCAGGAGCCUGUGAGGAACUCGGAGGGCCUCUGCUUGGAGGUCUCCAAAGGUGAAACCGGACUGUUGGUGGCAAAAAUAAGCAGCCGUUCUCCCUUUAAUGGCUAUGCCCGCAACCCCCAGCAGACCAAAGAGAAGCAGCUACAGGACGUGUUCCAGAAAGGAGACCUCUACUACAACACUGGAGAUCUCAUGAGAAUUGACGAAGACAAUUUCUUCUACUUUCAGGAUCGAGUUGGGGACACUUUCAGGUGGAAAGGCGAGAAUGUUGCAACCACCGAAGUGGCAGAGAUUCUCCUCAUGGUGGACUACAUUGAGGAGGCUACUGUAUAUGGAGUCAAGGUGGCAGGCUUUGAAGGGAGGACUGGAAUGGCAGCCAUCAAAAUAAAGGAGGGAAAACAGUUUGACCCCGUCGAUGCCUUCAGCCAUGUUGUCAACUACCUCCCUGAAUACGCCCUGCCCCGUUUCAUACGAAUUCAGAACUCCCUGGAUGUCACUAGUACAUACAAGCAGAUAAAAAUGAAGCUGGUAGACGAAGGCUUUAACCCCGUGACCAUCGAGGACCCACUGUACUUUCUGAAUGGACAAAAAAAGAGCUACGUACCAAUGACGGCAGAGAUUUACAGCGCUAUAGAGUCUGGGGACAUUAAACUGUAAAGGGAGACCUUAAUGCAGUGGGGUCUUAGCAUGGAAAAUAAAUAAAACCUCAUCUUUAUUUAACAAAUUGUUUUCAGUUACCAAUAAAUCUCAGGGGAAAAUAUCUGAACACUUUUAAAGAUUGUUUUUGAUUUUUAUUGUUCAAAUUUUAAUUCAGCUCAGUUUUUAAUUUCUGUAAAUAAAGACUUGAAGAUAUAACUAGUAGUGCACAAUACUUUAAAUGUUAGUAAAAUGGACGUCACGGCGGCAUAGCAAGUAGCUCUGCUGUCUCACAGAGCCUGGGUGCUGCGAGAGGGCGUGGGUUCGUUUCCCCC